AUGGCAAAAAGUUAUAAACAAUCUUCAUCAUUAUUAACCAGAUGCCUUCGUUCUAAUAGAACAAUUUCAACAUCAAUACCGACUAUUGUAGAAGCUAUUCAAACUAUUGAUCAAAUGGUUCAAUCAGUAGAAAAUAUUUAUGAUACACAAGAAAGUGAUUCGAGUUGUUUAGAAAGAACAAUGAAUAUUGGGCAGAUUGAAGAAAUGCUUAUUAAAUGGACUCAUAUAGCUCAUUUUCUUGUGAAUACAUAUCAACAAAUGCAAAAUUUCAAUGAACAUACACAGAAAAAUGAUAAAAUCGAAAAAUUAAACUAA